AUGUAUCGUAAAGUAAUAUAUGCGGCGGUGGCCGCGCUGACACUACAAAUAAUUGGUGCUGCGCGGCUGAUGUGUCCGAGUGACCCUAACUGCGUUUGCGGUGGCACGCUCGCCGUUGAACUCAAUUGCAACAUCGAUGGUCGGACAGUAAAAAUAAAUUUACUGCCAAAUAUCUACAUUAAUAUAAAAUGCGAGAACGCAUCGAGUCUCGACUACAGCAAGUUACCAAAAUGUGCCAAUAACAUGAGUUCGUUUAAAUCUGUCAGUUUUAAGGACUGUCCACUACCAGCAUUUUUUCAAAGAUGUUCUGUCUAAUAUGGGAGUAUCGAAGACUAUGGCACUGAUAUUCCAAAAUGCAAAGAACCUGUCUGGGUAUUUCGACAGGAAACAUUUUGCAGGGUUACAAGACUUGACAAAAUUACUUUUGUCUAUAAAUGGCAUCACUCAUCUUCCAGACAACUUGUUUAUGGACAUCAACAAGCUCACAUGGCUGAACAUAAGAUCAAACACAAUAAAUCUUUCCGAAGAGUUGUUCAAGCCACUGGAGAAACUGGAAACAUUAGAAAUUAGUCACAAUCACAUGACCAAUAUAUCUUCGAAUUUAUUUUCUCAUUUAUCUUUCUUGAGAAAACUUUCCUUGUGGCAAAGUAACGUCACCUGGUUUUCUAAAGAUCUUUUCACAGGCGUCGAUGUCCUCGAAGAAUUAGAUCUCAGUUCUAAUGGUCUUAACGAACUUCCUGCUUCAAUAUUUAAGCCUCUAAAGAAAUUAAAGAAAUUGACGUUAUUCUCGAACAAAUUUUCUUCGUUGCCACAGAAUUUAUUCAGAAAUAAUGCGGAGCUUGAAACUGUGGUGAUACUAAACAAUGACGUCAAACUGAAGGAGCUACCGAAAUACCUUUUUGGGGAUUUGCCAAAUUUGAAGCAAAUAUAUAUUCAGAGGAGUGGCCUGGAGAAUUUACCGUAUGACGUUUUUGCCAAUUCGCCAGUAAUUACGAACAUAUCAUUAGCAUACAAUGACAUUACAACCCUGCCGGAAGCCAUAUUUAAUGAUCAAAUAAAUCUCCUCGAGUUGGACCUGAGUUACAACCAAUUGAGCGAGCUAAAGCCUAAAUUGUUUUCAUCUCUAGUGAGAUUGGAAAGGCUUAAAUUAUGCCAUAACUCUUUGGUAGAAAUAUCUGGCCAAACCUUUUCGUCGCUACUUAGUUUAAUAUACUUGGAAAUGGAGCACAAUAAUUUGAAAACGAUUUCACCGUAUUUGUUCAGUAACAAUAAACAGCGAAUGUCAAUAUCUCUGGCUUACAAUCAACUUGAUUUCGAGGACAAAGAGUUGACAAACAAUUCUUGGCUGGUGAAAAGGGCUUCGCCUUUUGCCCACACUUAUAAUUUAAAGCUAUUGAAUCUAAGUCACAAUGAAUUCAAAGUGGCUUUUGAGGACUGGUGGGUGAAUGGCCAUGAGAAUUUAGAUAUUAGUCACAAUAAUAUACAAAACCUUUGGACUGAUGAAAAAGCAUUGAAGGAUUAUCGUAACGUAAUGAAGAAAGGAAUGAAAAGUGUAUGGAUAUCGAAAAAUCCAAUCAACUGUGGAUGUGAGAACUAUUUGUUUAUGGAUUUUCUACUCUACUCGACCAGAACUAAGAUUGUUGACUUGCAACAUGUACGGUGCCCUCUUUGGGCUAAGGAGGCCUGUUACAUGAGAUUCACAAUCCUCAUAACGCUAAUGACAGUCGUGAUAUCAAUUUAUACAAUUAUAUUAGUAGUGUUCAUCAUCUAUAGGAAACAAAUUAAUUCUAUUGUUAAGAAAAGACUCAGUACGUUUCAUCGUACAAAUGCUCAAAGAAAAGAAAAGUCGUACAGAAUUUUAAUGGACUUCUGUCAUCAAGAUGAAGAAUUUGUUAACAGAGAAAUGCUAUCAAUUAUGACAACCAACGAAUCUCUGCAAAUUCUGACGAAAGUGAUCACAGAUUAUAGAAACAGCGAAUUUAGAAUGUCGAAGAACUUCAAACGCUACGUAAAGGAUGUGAAAACGCGUGCUCGAGUCGUCGUGUUCUCCUCCAACUACCUAACGGAAACUUAUGGGCACAUCGACAUCAAGAAAAUCCACAGCGAGAUGUUGAAAGCGGAAAAAACCAUUUACAUUUUCGCUGAUAUCGGUCCGGAUAACUCGAUAUACGACUUUCUAGAGGAACAACGAGAUCUACGAACGACUCUAAAAUGGAAUGAGGAAAAUUUCUGGCCGAAAUUAUACGCUCUACUUAAAAGCUUCGUAUCAUCUGAUGAAUUGAAAAAGGUGGAGGAUACACUCAUCGUUCCCGGAGACUCGCUGGAGCCAUCAAAGAUAUCGCUGACGAACACGCCCUGACUGGCCCAACAUGUACGAUUUCAACACACUGACACACAGUCAAGUUUAG